UGCCACGAAUCCCGCUCCUCCUGCCAUGACUCAGGACCCUCCUGCCAUUACACCAUCCAGAGGCAGCCGGUGCAGAAGUACAGCUACGUGACACCCUGCUGCCCCCCUGUGCAGACCUAUUGCCCCCCUGUGCAACGCUAUUGCCCCCCUGUGCAACGCUAUUGCCCCCCCGUGCAGCCCUGCUGCCCUCCGGUCCCCUACUGCCCCCAGUACACCAAG